GAGCAGCGCCAGUGCUUCCCCCUUCCGCCCGCCGCGCCCUGUUUGACCCGCUCUUCCUCUCCUCCCCCCUCCCUUCCGCGCUAGACGCCCUCCUCCCCCUCCUCUCCGCCUCCCCCUCCGCCUCUUCUUCCGCCUACACUGCUUCCGCGGACGAGGAACUGCUUGGGGGGGAAGAUGGGGGGAGAGGGAUGGGGGGAAAUGGUGCAGAGAGAAGUGAGGGAAAGGGUGUUGGCAAUGGUGGUGGUGGCGCUGCUGCUGGUGGUGAGGGUAUGGGGGGAGGGGUGUGUGAGAGGGUGGCGCAGGGAAAGAGGAGCAGCAUUGCGCGCAAGGAGGCCGAGAGGCUGCUACUCCUCGCCAUCUUUGGCUCGCUAGACGGGCCCCCUGCCCAAGCCGUCAUUUUUGAGACGUCUAAAAAAACAGACCAAGCCGUCAGGCCAGGCGGGUUAGAGGGCACGCCUGCAGCUUCUACUCCUCCUGACACGUGUCCAAACGUUACUGGACCAGGGAGCAUGCAGUCAGGGGGCUUGCACAGAUUCUUGGUCCACCUGGAAUCGGAUGGGUGCACGUGCACGUCAGCAGCGCCAGCCACGUCAGCAGCGUCUGCCACGUCAGCAGCAGGGUGGAGAGGAGAGUACAGCGUGGAAAGAGUGGUGUCCCACCUGGCGUCGGUGACGGAUAGGGCGUCGGCACAUGCUCCCCCUGCCCUACAUGCUCCUCACUUCAUCUCGUCUCUCAUCCGCCAAGCUCUCACCACCACGGCCACCAUCGCUGCCUCUCGCUCCUCCUCACCACGUCCCUCCUCGCCUCCCUCUCAUUCAACUAGUGUCUUCCCUACCACUAGCAUCAGCAACAUCACCAAGAUCAGCAGCAGUGGGAGUGGCAGCAGCGUGUGUCCAGAAGCGUUUGUGGGGCAGCUGGUGGCCAGGCUGUGCCGCAGAGGGCAUGCGGCAACGGUGGCAUUCGAGCUCGUCCACACAAUCAUCCGACAGCUGGCACACACCACGUCAGCGCCAACACACACCAGCAGCAGCACCAGCAGCACCACCUGUACCAACAGCACCAGCAACAAACCCACUACCACCUGCCACAGCAGCUCGUCCUUCCCGCAUCUCCCCGCCCUCUACUCCACCAUCAUCGCCUCUCUUGCUGCUGCUGACGCCUUCUCCCUCCACCAGCUCACAGAGAGCCUUCUCUCCCACCUCGCUGCCCUCUCUGCUGCUCUCCCCACCACUGCUCCCACCGCCAGCAGCAGCAGCAGCAGCACCACCACCACCAAUUCUACCACCACCGUCACCAGUAGCGGCUGCAGAAGCACCAGAACUGGCAGCAGCAGCGCGAGAACUGGCAGCAGCAGUGUGCCAGAGACUGUGUUGCGGCUGCUGUUUCAGGGGUUGCUGGCUGAGCGACACCCUCAAGCAGUAUACCUCUUCACUUCUCACCUCCUCACUCGCUCCCUCCUUCCCUUCUCUUGCCUGCCAUGGAUUGUUGCCCUCCUUUCCUCCUCAUCCUCCUCCGCUUCCUCCUCUGGACCCUCUACUGACGAUUUUCCUGCACUCGAGCCAAUGGGGCUGUGCCACGUGGCACUAGAGCAUGUGCUGCGCAUGUGGAGCUCACCGGCUCUCGUCCAAUCAGCAUCCAUGGAGAAACAGAUCUAUGUGACAGCAGCAGCCGGAUUCCUCCUCUCCCUCCCCCGCCGCCACCACCAUGAAGCACUGUCUUCAUCCGCCCAUCAUUCCCAUGCGCCCAUUCGCCUGCACCCAUCGCUGCUCACAAUGCUUCUCAAGGGAGUGUCCAUGCGGCUGGAAAGUCCCCUCCCGCUGGUGCGCCUGAUGGGGCAGCGCCUUGCUUUUGCCUUCUCUGUGGCCGUGCACCCUGACCGCCCCCCCAUGCUAUUCGGGGAGUUUGCAUAUGAGCGAGGGAUAGGUGCUGUUGAGUUGACUCACGAGGCGGCUAUUGCUGCUGCCCUUGAUUUUGCACGUGGUUGGGACAUUGGGGGGGUGACGGGGCAGGCGUGUAGGGAGGAGGGAGGGGUAGGGGUGAAGGGGACAGGUAGGGAUGGUGGGGGAGACGAGAAUGGUGAAGUGGAGGAGGGAGGAGGAGAAGAGCGGGAUGUGGUCGAAGAGGAUUGUGAGGAGGAUGAGAGUGAAGAUGGUGAGAGUGAGGGAGGGAGCGAGGGGGAGAUUGUGGAAGAGUGGAGCGAAGAGGACUGGGAUGAGGAGGAAGAGGAGAGCGAGGAGGAGUCAGAUGAGGAAGAGGAGGAGGAUGAAGGGGGCCUGGGCAUGGGCAUGGGCAUGGGCGUGCGUGUGGGGGUGAGUGUGGGCAUGAGUGGACAAGCGUGUGGAAUGCCGGCUCCCAUGCAGCUGCGCUACUGUGCAGCAGACCUAAGGAAAGCAGAUGAUGUCAAUGCGAUGGAGCGAGCGCUUCUGUCCCUUGAGCCAAUGAUUCGCUGCCAGCCGGACGAGCUGGAUGACGUGGCAGCUGAGCUAGCGCGCUCCCUUAUCCACAUGCAGUGCCAGUUCCUAUUGGUAGGGGAAGAAGGAGAGGGGGAGGCAGGGGAGGAGGGAGAGGAGGAGAGCGGGAGCGGUAGUGAGGAGGGGGGAGGAGGGGCGGUAGAGGAGUGUGAGGUAGAGGAGUGGAGUUCUUUCAGUAAUAUGGAUAAGUACGGCAGAGAGAGAAAUGGAGGCAAGCUAAGGGAGGGAGGCAGCAUGCAAGGCGGAGAAGGAAGGGGAGGAGGGCAGGGGCCGGGGGGAGCAGAGGAGAGGAGGAGGGCAGCGCUGGUGGCUCUGGUUGUCUUUUCCCCCGUGGCAUCGCUGGAGGUGCUUCUGGGGGAGGUGUUUUCUGCCCACGUGGACCUCAGUCAACGCCUGCUCAUCCUGGACGUUCUAGAAGCAGCUGCUAUUGAACUCGCCUCUUAUUCCUCCUCCACCUCUUCCUCCUCUCACGCCUCCUCCUCUCACGCCUCUUCCUCUGCUUCUUCAUCUGUCACCACCACGCUCGCUCCGCCCCUCUCUGCCUCCUCCCUUUCUGCCUCUCGCACGCAUACUCCCCUGAUAGUUGAGAUUCACACCGGUCCUACCCCUUGGGAUCAUCCGGCACAUUCCCUCUCACCCUCCCCUCCCGGUGCUGGUAAAUGGGUUCAGCUGCCCGGGAUUCUGCCCGGAGAUCUCGGGCAGCCCGAGCUGGCCAAGGCGAUGUUAGCGCCAGCAGGAGGAGGUGGAGGGUUUGGCCUGACUGGGCUCACGGGCAGCUGGACGAAAAGUUUUGCGAGAGACCUGCCCCGGCGCCCUGGCGACCGCAUUCUCGGGCAGGAGAAACGAACCUCCAAAGCAAUUGAAUUCGCAAGAGAGAAGCUUCAAGGAAGCAGCGGUCAGAACCAGCAGGAGCACAGUCAGCGCGAUUCGUCCACGUGUACAGCGCCACGCGUGCAAUUCGCUGACGUGGCAGCGGGGUUCAUGCUGCCGCUGAUGCGAGCGUACGACAGGCAGAGCCACGGAGUGGACUGGGUGGGGCGGGACUUUGUCGUUCUCGCCCGCGUUCUGCUGCUUCUAGGGAAAUGCCUGCGCCUCCUCUCCCCCUCGCCAGCUGUCCUGCCCCUCGCCGCUGCUUUACUGGAAUUCCUCAACGCCAGUCCCAUCGCCCAGCAUCCAGAGCCAUACGUGCAGCGCUGCGCCAUCUUCGCUUCAGCCUCGCUGCUCCUCUCGCUGCCCGCUGCUGCCGUUGCAGCCGAAGGGCUCCUACUCUCCUCUGCUGCCUCUGCUACCGGAGGCACCACAGCUAUUGGUUCUGAGGGUGGUGGUGGGGGUGCAGGCGUGGGGCUGUCUGGGAUGCUGCGGGUGAUGGCUGUGUGGUUGGGGAGGCUUGCAGAGGAGAGCGGGGACGAGCAGACCAAAGCGAGGGCCUUUGGGUGCCUCCAGCUAUACGACAACUUUGCCAGGGCGUGCCUGCAAGCAGUGCUUGGCACUACCCCCACUUGA